AUGCCCAGUGCGACGGGCCAGAACUGGGAGAAAUACCGGAAGAAUUUCGCCGAUGAAGAUGAGACGGAGAAGAAGAUAACGCCCCUCACUGAUGAGGACAUCCAAGUCCUCAAGACCUACGGCGCCGCCCCAUAUGCAGCGGCGCUAAAGAAGCUCGAGAAACAGAUCAAAGAUAAACAAGCAAGCGUGAAUGAGAAGAUCGGCGUGAAGGAAUCCGAUACUGGCCUCGCGCCGCCACACCUUUGGGACGUCGCUGCCGAUAGACAACGAAUGUCGGAAGAACAACCAUUACAGGUUGCACGGUGCACAAAAAUCAUUGCCGACGAGAAGGAUCCCGAUAAAAGUAAAUAUGUUAUCAACGUCAAACAAAUAGCGAAAUUCGUUGUGAACCUUGGGGAAAGGGUUAGUCCGACAGAUAUCGAGGAAGGGAUGCGCGUUGGUGUUGACCGAAAUAAAUACCAAAUCAUGCUACCUCUUCCUCCAAAAAUUGACCCGAGCGUUACCAUGAUGACCGUUGAAGAUAAACCUGACGUGACGUAUGGAGAUGUUGGAGGAUGCAAAGAGCAGAUAGAGAAGCUCCGAGAAGUUGUUGAGAUGCCUCUAUUAUCUCCAGAACGAUUCGUGGGAUUAGGCAUAGACCCACCAAAGGGCGCUUUGCUAUAUGGCCCUCCCGGUACUGGCAAGACUCUUUGCGCCAGAGCAGUAGCCAAUCGAACCGAUGCAACAUUUAUCCGUGUCAUUGGUAGCGAAUUGGUUCAGAAAUACGUUGGAGAAGGAGCAAGAAUGGUACGAGAGUUGUUCGAAAUGGCACGAACAAAGAAGGCUUGCAUCAUUUUCUUUGACGAAAUAGACGCGAUCGGUGGCGCUCGUUUCGACGAUGGUGCAGGUGGAGAUAACGAGGUUCAGAGAACCAUGCUGGAGUUGAUUACACAGUUAGAUGGCUUCGACGCCCGAGGCAAUAUCAAAGUAAUGUUCGCAACUAAUAGGCCGUCUACCCUUGACCCUGCUCUAAUGCGACCUGGCCGUAUCGACCGGAAGAUCGAAUUUUCUCUUCCAGACCUUGAAGGACGGGCGAAUAUCCUUCGAAUUCAUGCCAAGAGUAUGUCGGUUGAACGGGACAUCAGAUGGGAACUUAUUUCGCGACUAUGUCCUAAUUCCACUGGUGCAGAAUUAAGGAGUGUUGCGACGGAAGCAGGCAUGUUUGCUAUAAGAGCACGUAGAAAAGUUGCUACAGAGAAGGAUUUUCUGGCUGCUGUGGACAAGGUGAUCAAAGGCAAUCUCAAGUUCAACUCCACUGCAACAUACAUGCAAUACAAUUAG